AUGAAGAACUUUGCAAGUCUUGCAGCUUUCGCUGCUGGAGGAAAUGCCCUCGUCAGCCGCGCCGACUCGUGCUGCUUCCACCUGACUGCUUCGGGCGCCGCAUCUGGCACGGUGGGCCAACUUGGUGAUGGCCAGAAUCGUCUCGGUGGUGGUCUUGCUGCAGCCUCGUUCUGCAUCGAUUCGAAUGGUGCAAUUACUGAUAGCAGCGGACGUGGUUGUGUUGUGACUAGUUCUGUGACUCAGUUCCAGUGUGAUUUAGGUACCACCGCCCAGACUGGCUUCUCGAUUUCGUCCGGCGGUCAGCUGGAGUACCAGGGCGACUCUACCUUUGUGGCAUGCCAGACGGGUGACAACGGUGAAUUGAACAUCUAUACCACUGAGAGCUCUUCGGUGACUGGAUGCUCAAGCAUCACGCUGGCCGCCGAUUCUUGCUCGGGUUCUGGUGCUGGUACUGGAGGUGGCGGCGGCGGCAGCGGCGGCGGCACAGCUACUGCAGUAUCCUCGGUUCAGGUGCCCAGCCAAUCUGGCAAACCCGGCUCGGUUCUUCCAGGUCAAUCAUCUUCCUAUAUUCCUGGCGGUGCUGCUUCAGGCACAGGUGUCCCUGGCGGGGUUUCCCCAGGUCAAUCUUCUGCUUCGAUCCCGGGUGGUCCUAUCUCCAGUGCACCAGUGCCUGGCGCUGGAUGUGCCUCCGCUCAGACAGUUACCGUCACCACUACCGUGAUCCAAUCCAAUUGCGCAGCAGGAUCUUCGGGUGUUCCUGUACCGAUUCCAAUUCCUGGUACUAGUGUUCCAGGCGUUCCUCAGGGUACACAACCUGCCGGCACUGCACCCGGUGGAACCCAACCUGCUGGUACUGCACCUGGUGGAACCCAGCCCGCCGGCACUCAGCCCGCUGGCGGCACUCAGCCUGCAGCAACUCAACCCGCAGGAACUCAGCCCGCCGGCACUGCACCCGGUGGAACCCAACCUGCUGGUACUGCACCUGGUGAAACCCAACCCGCUGGAACCCAGCCCGCCGGCACUCAGCCCGCUGGCGGUACUCAGCCUGCCGGAACCCAACCCGCGGGAACCCAACCCGCCGGUACUCAGCCCGCUGGCACUCAACCCGCUAGCACUCAUCCCGGUCAGCCUGGCGUAACUCAACCUGCUGGCACCCAGCCUAUUCCUGUUCCGAUCCCAAUUCCCGGAACAAGUGUUCCAGGUGUUCCUCAUAGUACUCAGUCCGCAGGAACUCAGCCCGCAGGAACUCAGCCCGCAGGAACUCAGCCCGCAGGAACUCAGCCGGCCGGUACUCAGCCUGCCGGUACUCAGCCCGCAGGAACUCAACCCGCCGGUACUGCACCUGGUGGAACUCAGCCCGCUGGAACUGCACCUGGCGGAACUCAGCCGGCCGGCACUCCGCCCGCUGGAACUGCACCUAGUGGAACGCAGCCUGCCGGCACCAAGCCCGCCGGAACUACACCUGGUGGAACACAGCCAGCCGGUACUAAGCCUGCAGGAACUACACCUGGUGGAACGCAGCCUGCCGGGACGCCGCCCGCUGGUACUCAGCCUCCCGGUACUAAACCCACCGGAACCCAGCCUGCGAGCACUCAAUCUGCUCCCUCAGGAACAUCCGGAGGCGCCAGCAGUACUCAACCAUCAGCUUCCGCUACUCGUUCAGGCGCUGCCAGCUGCCCAACUGAUCUGUCUGGUGACUAUGAAUAUCCUCAUCUUAUUGUCCCUGUCAACUCCUCCACCCCUGAUACCGCCUAUGGCUCUCAGCUCUUCGGCACUGUUUCGUCCACAGUGUCGACCAUCUUCAAUUUCGAUAUCCCAUCUUCUGACUCCGGCAAGACAUGCAGCCUUAUCUUCUUGCUCCCUAAUAAGGAGGAUCUCGAGACCUCUGACUACACCUUCAGUGGUGACGGCAAGGUUGACUUCUCUCAGCUGACAUCUGCUGCUGGGCUGAAGACCACCUAUAACAGCGCUCCGUCGGUCAAACAGGACUAUGGAGAGAUCACCAUUUCACCCGGAAACUCCUACCUGGUUGCCUCUUUCUCGUGCCCGGCUGGUCAAACCGUGGGUUAUGAAAUGAAGGGCACGGGUGACACCUACCUCAACUUCUUCGAGGACUAUAACCCAUCUCCUUUUGGCAAUGUGAUUCUUUUCUAUGAUUUUGGCACAAAUGAGAGCCGGGACUGA